GUGAAAAUGUAUAAGGCAAGGACGAUAUUCACCACGCUGGUCCCCUUGGCGCCGCGUAUAUGCGGCCCCGAAAGGUUCGCGGCCUGGGUGGCCCGCAGUCAACAUUCAUCGUUUAGCACUACCCAAACGACCUAUACUGAUAUGACGCGGAAGUACAACACCCCUGUAGCAACUGAGCCCUUCCUAAAUGGCAGCACUAGCUCUUACGUUGAAGAGAUGUACAAUGCGUGGCUACAAGAUCCGCACAGCGUGCACGUGUCAUGGGAUUCCUUCUUUCGAAACAGCACCGCUGGAGCUGCACCAGGGUAUGCAUAUCAGGCACCACCAUCCCUGGCUCCAAGUUACAACCAAAUACCACUCGGAGCACUGUUGCCCUUGGGUGGUGGAGCACAGCUCGGCCAGGCUCCUAUCAAUGAAAAAAUUAUUGAUGAUCAUCUAGCAGUGCAAGCUAUUAUUCGUUCUUAUCAGGCCCGAGGUCAUUUAGUUGCUGAUCUGGACCCACUGGGUAUCAUGCAAACAGACCUGAUACACACGCAUUACGCAGCGCGCAAGGGAUCACCAGAACAAGUGCUGCGACAGUAUUUGCUUGAGGAGUCGGACAUGGAUCGCGUUUUCAAAUUACCAUCUACCACGUUUAUUGGCGGCAAGGAAAAAUCGCUACCACUACGCGACAUCCUGAAGCGUCUCGAAGCUGCUUACUGCGGUCAUAUCGGUGUCGAAUUUAUGUUCAUCAAUUCUUUGGAGCAGUGCAACUGGAUUAGACAAAAAAUGGAGACACCCGGAAUUAUGGAAGUAACAAACGAUGAAAAAAGACUCAUCUUGGCCAGGCUGACGCGCGCAACUGGAUUCGAAGCGUUCUUAGCUCGUAAAUGGUCCUCGGAGAAGAGAUUCGGCCUGGAGGGUUGUGAAAUUUUGAUUCCAGCUAUGAAACAAGUGAUCGAUAAAUCCACGGAACUGGGUGUCGAAUCGAUUGUCAUGGGUAUGCCUCACCGUGGUCGUCUCAAUGUUCUCGCUAAUGUCUGUCGUAAACCGUUGAGUCAAAUAUUCACGCAAUUCGCUGCUCUCGAAGCUGCUGACGAUGGUUCCGGCGAUGUAAAAUAUCAUUUGGGCACGUAUAUCGAGCGUCUCAAUCGUGUAACAAACAAGAAUAUCCGUCUCGCCGUAGUCGCGAAUCCGUCGCAUUUGGAAGCUGUAGAUCCCGUGGUUCAAGGCAAAACACGCGCCGAACAAUUCUACCGUGGCGAUGGCGAAGGCAAAAAAGUAAUGUCCAUCCUACUUCAUGGAGACGCUGCGUUCUGCGGUCAGGGCAUUGUCUUCGAGACAAUGCAUCUAUCUGACCUGCCUGAUUACACCACUCACGGUACUAUCCACAUUGUCGUGAAUAAUCAAAUUGGGUUCACUACAGAUCCAAGGCAUUCACGAUCAUCACCGUACUGUACUGACGUGGCUCGAGUGGUGAACGCACCCAUCUUCCAUGUGAAUUCCGACGAUCCCGAGGCAGUGAUGCACGUGUGCAAGGUAGCAGCGGAAUGGAGAGCCACCUUCCACAAGGACGUUGUGAUCGAUAUAGUCUCCUACAGGCGCAACGGUCACAACGAGAUCGACGAGCCAAUGUUUACUCAGCCUUUGAUGUACCGCAAGAUCAAGAACACUCCGCCAGCCCUCGACAAAUACGCCAACUCUCUCAUCGCUGAUGGCGUUGUCACACCCGAGGAAGUCAAGGACGUCAAAGACAAGUACGAAAAGAUCUGCGAGGAAGCAUAUAACAACGCCAGGCAAGAAACUCACAUCAAGUAUAAGGAUUGGCUGGAUUCGCCGUGGUCUGGCUUCUUCGAGGGAAAGGAUCCGUUGAAAGUAUCGCCCACUGGUAUCAAGGAAGACACGCUCGUUCAUAUUGGAAAGAAGUUCUCGUCGCCACCGCCGAACGCGGCUGAAUUUGUUAUUCACAAAGGUAUCGAGCGUAUCUUGAAAUCUCGUAUGGAGAUGAUCGAGGCAAGAACUGUCGAUUGGGCCCUUGGCGAAGCUAUGGCUUUCGGCUCACUUCUCAAGGAAGGUAUCCACGUCCGAUUGUCGGGUCAGGAUGUGGAAAGAGGCACAUUCUCGCACCGACAUCAUGUGCUGCACCAUCAGACCGUGGACAAAGCGACCUACCGGCCACUUUGUUACCUGUAUCCCGACCAGGCACCUUUCACGGUGUGCAAUAGUUCUUUGUCCGAAUUCGGCGUUCUUGGAUUUGAACUGGGCUAUUCUAUGACGAAUCCUAACGCGUUGGUGUGCUGGGAAGCGCAGUUCGGAGAUUUCAACAACACGGCGCAGUGUAUAAUCGAUCAGUUCAUCAGUAGCGGCCAAGCCAAAUGGGUGAGACAGUCUGGACUGGUCAUGCUGCAACCUCAUGGUCUCGAAGGAAUGGGUCCCGAACAUUCCAGUGCUCGUCUGGAGCGUUUCCUUCAGAUGUCAGCCGAUGAUCCAGAUUACUUCCCACCGGACAGCGAGGAGUUUGCUGUUCGUCAAUUGCACGACAGCAACUGGAUCGUCGCCAAUUGCAGCACACCGGCCAAUUACUUCCACAUCCUGCGACGGCAGAUCGCGCUGCCAUUCAGGAAACCCUUAGUCCUGAUGACACCGAAAUCGCUGCUUCGUCAUCCAGAGGCAAAGUCCAACUUCGACUUGAUGCUGGAGGACACGCAGUUCCUCAGAAUCAUACCGGAGGAAGGAACGGCAGCCCAGAAUCCCAAUAGCGUCAAGAGAUUACUGUUCUGUUCCGGCAAAGUUUACUACGAGCUGAAGAAGUCUCGCGCAGAACGGAACUUGGACGAUAAAAUCGCGAUUGCCAGAGUGGAACAGAUUUCGCCUUUCCCAUACGACCUUGUCAAGAAGGAGGCUGCUAAGUAUCCCAAUGCGGAGUUGCUGUGGGCUCAGGAAGAACACAAAAAUCAAGGCGCGUGGACUUAUGUGCAACCUAGAUUCCACACCGCACUUAAUGGCUCCCGAACCGUAGUUGCUCGUGCGUCAGAAAGUGGUCAAGGGUGGUUUGGCGGUUUGUUUUCUUCAUCCAAACCGAGCAAAACCACAACUGUCCCAGAGCCACAGUCAACGGAACCUGCUGAAUCAAAGCAAAGAACAAUAAGAUACGCUGGACGUCCCACUGCAUCGUCGCCUUCUACUGGCAGCAAAAUGCAGCACAUCAAGGAGCUCAAGCAACUCCUCGACGACUCCCUCAGCCUUUAAUGAUCCUUCGUAGCGCUAUGUGUAGAACUGAAAGUUUAUUUAUUUUCCUCGUAUAUCUUAAUGUGAUUAUUACACCUUUGUGUCCUACUUGACUACACCAUACAACCGAGAUUAUUGUAACCGUUUAAAACAACUUAUUCGCAAUGGUCUUCUACGUUUAAGCUUGCUCGGGCGCACGAAUGUCUUGCGCUCGUUUGUCCACAAUUUUGUUCCUCCUUGUUGAUCACACAUGUAAAGUGGACAGUAUGGGUUAAAAGAUCGUGUCAGCUUUCAAUUAAUAAUCGAACAAGUUAAUUGAAUACUGACUAUUAAUUUACAAUCUUCUUUCUGCUCAUUAUUUGGCAGUGAGUAAUUUAUUCGCAUAUUGCAUUUUGUCUCUUUAUUUAUGUUUGAAUGCGACGUCAGUGUGUCUUAUUACUAAGUGACGCGGUUUGUGUACGUUCGAAAACAACACGCCUCAAAUUUUCGUGCACGCAAUUGAGAUUAAUGAAAACUUUUAACGUAUUUCAAUCAAUUUUAUAUUCAGACGAAUAUAAAAAAAAAAGGAAACGUGCGACAUAUGUUGCUCAUUUUUUAGGUCCAUUGGGUGCGUGAACGUGAGACAUUCGUGCGCCAAUCAUCUUCUGUACUUCAUUCUGUUCGUAAGUUGAUAAAAAUCAAUCUCGUGAGGUCAUAGAAAGAAAAGUAUUAUUAAUUUAUGCAAUGUUACGCAGCGCGUACAUUUUAAUGUAUAGCGAUUCUACACUGUGAACUGAAGAAACUGUCCACGGCGAAAGAACGUAGGAUAUAAAUGGCAUAUCUUUUUCUUUCUCUCUUCUAUUUAUUUGCCCAAGAUGCCAUGAGACGGUUGCCAAUCACUUUAACUUUUUAUCGUCGCUGUAUUUUUAUAAAAAAUUAAAUGAUUGGCAGUUACGCGACGCACUCUUAACGUAGAAGUGAUAGCGUAGCACUAUCUCUCGAGCUCCGUAUCUCGCAGCCUCGAUUGUGCUCAAUAUAAUAACGUUGAAUACGUGAGGAUAAGUCACAUUUGUCGAGCUUAAAUCCUCGAUUUGGCUUGCUUGUACUUACUUUGGCGUGUCACGAUUGAGAUCCUUAGUGCUACCCCGUGGACAGUAUCAACGGACACUUCAGUUCAGUAAAAUGUGUUGAAAAUAGAAGACAAAUUAGUAAUACUUAAUAGCAUCUAGGGAGUAAUUUUAAUGAUAAUUUAGCCGGGACCGGUCACCCUAUGUGGGACCGUUGCGUAGUGUGCGAUGGUAUGUGCACAGUAUUUAUAUUCUUCUACCUAUGAAUUAUUUAAAGAAACGGAAUACACGAACAGAGAGGAAAUGUCGCAUACUUCUCAGUGGAAGAAAGUACUGUACGAACCGUAAUAACACAUGUUGUAUGUCGGAAAGCGCGAUGGUGAAAAAGCGGUCUUAAUUUGAACCGGUGCUUAUGGAAAAUAGUUAUGUUAUACGUUACAAUCUGAUACGAUAUUGUUAGACUAUAUUUGAGAAAAACUGCAAUGUGUAUCGUUUCAUCGUCAGUUUUCUCUAUUUAUUAUAUUAUCAUACCUAAUGGAACGAUCAGAAUGAGCACAUGCAUGGGAAAAUCAAGUUUAAAUCUCAAAUAAGUGAAGCGCCUGGCAUUUAAAAAAUUUUUUUGCGAUAAAUAAAUAAAACAAUUUUGCUGAUAUUAUUUCCGAUAUUGUAGUCUUAUUGCUGAAAUUAAAAUUGUCUUCAUCUCA